AUGGAAAGGGAGAACCACACCAGCCACUUUGACUUUAUCUUGCUGGGCUUGGCCAGCCAGCCAGAGCAAGAGCACAUCCUCUUGGCUGUGUUCCUCAUUCUCUACUUGCUGAACCUGCUUGGGAACCUGCUGAUUAUCCUCCUGAUUCGCUCCGAUGCCCAGCUCUUGCAUGCCCCCAUGUACUUCUUCCUCAGUCACCUCUCCUUGGUGGAUGUUUGCUUCACCUCAACCACCAUCCCCAAAAUGUUGCACAACCUUCGCACCGGCCACAAGAACAUUGCUUACACCAGCUGCCUGGCCCAGAUGUACCUCUUCAUGGCUUUCGCCAUCACAGAGAACUUCCUCCUGGGCGCAAUGGCCUUGGACCGCUUUGUGGCGAUCUGCCAGCCCUUACACUACCCUGUGGUGAUGAACCCAACACGAUGUCGCUUCAUGGUGUUGGUCGCAUGGCUUCUGGCCCACCUCCACUCCCUAAUGCACACUAUCCUGAUGUCCCGGCUCUCCUUCUGCGGCCACCGCCUCAUCCCCCAUUUCUUAUGCGACUUCCAGCCCUUGAUCGUGAUGGCCUGCUCUGAUAAGCGCCUCAUUGAGAUGCUGAGCUUCUAUGCAGGUGGCACCAUCACCAUUGGCAACUUCUUCCUCAUCCUCGUCUCCUAUGUUCGUAUCGUCCAAGCCGUGCUCCGGGUGCCCUCCACCCAAGGCCGGAGCAAGGCCUUCCAAACAUGUGCCUCCCACCUUAUUGUGGUCACCCUCUUCUAUGGCAGCGCCAUUGGGGUCUACUUCCGGCCCCUCUCCACUUACUCUGGAGAAAAGGACAAGGUGACCACUGUCAUGUACACAGUGGUGACCCCUAUGCUCAACCCCUUCAUCUAUAGUCUGCGGAAUGCAGACAUGAAAGCCGCCCUCCGGAGAGCUCUGGAGCAGCUAAGGAAUGCUUUAGGGAAGCCACAUGACACUAAACCCUGA